AUGUCGGUCAUCAGCAAAGAGGUUUGGAAUUUAAUUUCUCUUCCUUUGAAAAAAUUCUUACAAAAAUUUCCUCCAGAAGCCGCCCAUACUUGGUCAACAAAGUCCGAUAGAAUAAAUCCUUUCUUACCUACACGAAAUCCUUUAAAUGGAGUUUUAAGAGACCCACAUUACUCCAAUAGACGCCAAGCUGAUAUCUUUAAGGAAGCCAAGUAUCAUAAGUUGGAACACUUACUUCCUCAAGAGAUGACAUGGAAUAAGGACUCCACCCGGCACAUUUUGAAAGGUGUUUUGUUUCCUAAAGGCAGAAUUGCAGAACGCAAGCGAGACGAGAUUUUGCUGAAUAAGCAGAAGAAGUUUGCCGAGUCAAUACAGAAAACUGACAACUUCAAAAAGAGUCGACAGAAGCGGAAUGCUCAACCUGAAGCUCCCCCAUUGUAA